AGAGCUGGCUAUUUCCUUCCUUCGAACAAUGAAAGCUUAGAUCUCUGUAGUAAUGGGAUAGAUAAAUUUCGGUAUCGUUGCAAUUUGUAUUUUUUUUUUCUUCUAGCUUUUCUGUAUUUUACUUAACGUUGUGAGUUGUGUUGCGCCUUGCAAAGUGGAGGAAGCACCGCGGCAGAAGUGUUCGAGACGAUGUGAUUCCAGGACAGUGAUAAGGAAUGAACGCAAUGGCGAAAUAGAAAUACACAGAAAGCUGAAGUUGGUGGUUUGGAAAGACCGGAGCUCGGAUGCCAUCUUGCCUUCUCUAAGUCAGUAAUGAAUGUUGUCCUCUAAGUCAGUAAGUAAUAUGUGGAGGAACACAGGAUUAAGCUCAUCCGGCUCAACUUCGAGUAGUCUAACUUCCUCGAUCUUGAGCCUGAGCCCACCCGUGCAGGACGGGAUGAUGAAUUAUUGCCGGAUCCACGAUGGUUCCAUCAAUAGAUUCUAUUGCGAAUCUUGUUUCGUACCGAUUUGCUGCGAAUGCAGAGAUCUUUCACAUUCGGUUCACAAAGUGGUCCUCGUGGAAGAUGCAAUUGAAAGUGCCCGUACAGUUAGCUUAAAGCUUUUAGAAGAUGUAAAUACUAACAUAGAUACAAUGAAAAUGAGAGUCGAGACCGCUGAGAAAAUGACCGAUGCUGUUGAGAUGCGAGCUUGCGACGUGAUGAAAGACGUCCGAACAGCAUUUCAACGCUUCCAGAUGCUCAUCAACAAACGGGAAAGGGAGAUUCUGAUGAAGCUGGAGCAAACCAAGAUCAGCAAAAAGAAAGCGCUCCUCCAGCAGAUAGAAUGCCUUCACAUAGCCAUCAAUAGGUACAUGUCAGUCUCGGAAAAUCUAUCCGAAAGACUCGAGUAUGGCAAUAAUGUGGAUCUCCUUCAAACCAAAGGGAGAGCAAUGCACGAACUGAGAGGUCUGAACGGAAUCACUGCGAAUUUGUCACCGUACGAAAGUGAUAAUUUUAGUUUUAUCGAGCCUGACCCAAAUCUCAUCAUGGCCAUCAGUGAGAUGGGAGAUAUUUCUAGCGCGGAUCAUACUGUUUCGAGCCUUGCUGUGGGAGAAGGACUAGCAAAAGCUGUGAGGAAUCCCUCCAUCAGUUAUUCGCAGAGAAUCCCCAACGGGUUGAGCACAGGAAUCAACAACAUGAUGAGGAAUUUAUCUUCCGGAUGCUCCAUCGAUCAAUCGCCGUUCAUCAAACCCUCGACUAGCAAUAAUGUUUUCAUGUCUCAGUCAGGGCAAACUUCACUACUGGGUAAUAAUCUUAUUCCCGAAAACGCAAGAACCUUAAGGCCCAGUCGACCUACUCAUACAAUGAAUAACAAUGGCCUGAAUGGAUUGAACGGAAUGAACGGAAUGAACAGUAUUAAUGGCGUCAAUGGUUUAUUCAAUCAAAGGAGUUCCAUUGACCUACUACGGGAUCCUCAUCACUUCCCUACUCCUGCUAGAAUUCGUGCUAAUCGUGUCUAUCACAACAUUAGAUUGCCAGCCUUUACUUUCUGUUCGGAAGGUGACGGAGAAGGUCAGCUCUGUCGACCUUGGGGCGUUUGCUGUGAUGAGAACGGUAACAUCAUCGUUGCAGAUAGAAGUAACAACCGAGUCCAGAUUUUUGAUUGUGAUGGGGUUUUCAUCAGAGCCUUCGGCACACCCGGAGAAGGGGAUGGUGAAUUCGAUCGACCAGCGGGUGUGACAGUCGACAAAGAUAACAGAAUCAUCGUUGCGGACAAGGACAACCACCGUAUUCAAAUUUUCACUUUCGAAGGUAUUUUUCUUCUCAAGUUCGGUGAGAAAGGAGCCAAGAACGGUCAGUUCAAUUAUCCGUGGGACGUCGCGGUCAAUUCAAAGAAUUGUAUAAUUGUAACAGACACUCGCAACCAUCGUUUACAGUUGUUCGACCCGCGCGGUAAUUUCCUCAAGAAGUAUGGCUUUGACGUAUCCAGUGGUGGGAUUUGGAAACAGUUAGACUCUCCAAGAGGCAUUUGUUUCGGUCCGGAUGAUUCAAUCAUUGUUACUGAUUUCAACAACCACCGCAUCGUUGUCCUGGAUCCAGCAUUUGAAAACAUUUUCUUUAUCGGCACGGAAGGAUCAGGACCAAAACAGUUUUUGCGGCCUCAAGGUGUGGUUUGCGACAAGGGAGGCAAUAUCAUCGUUGCUGACUCGAAAAAUCACAGGAUCCAAGUCAUCAAGCAUGAUGGCACAUGCUGCCUUGCCCAAUUCGGGCACAACGGGAAAGAAAACGGUCAGUUUGAUAGACCCUGUGGAAUUGCGGUGAAACCGGAUGGGCAAAUUGUUGUUGUAGACUUCGGUCAUAAUAGGAUUCAAGUAUUUUAAAAUUCCUGUGAGGUAUGGAAUCAAAGUGGCCUCAAAUGAUGGUUUUUGUUUUUGCUAACGAUUGUAAGGAAGUUCAUCAAAUAACCGAGUGUAAUCUUUUAAGCUUCAUUUAUUCUGAAAUUAAUUCGCAAAAGAAAAAGAAAUGACCCGUUUAAAUUAUAAAAUUUUAUCGAUUGACUUGUUCUGAUCCCAUAUUUAUCAAAACAGAAUUUUUAAAUUUUAAUAUAAGUAACUUUUUCCAACCAGGUACUAAAACAAGAUUAACUUAUCUUAAUCAUCAUGAUCAUUAUUUAAUUCGAUCUCAAGUUGAAAACUUAAUUUUUAUAAAUCCUUCGUUUGUUUUUUAUGAUUUUAUUAAUUCAAAAAUGAAAUUUUAUUACUGACUUAAAGUCCGUUGGAAAAGUUAAAAUAGUUUCUUUGAAGUACUAAACAAAUGCUCUGUCUCGAAAGGACCUAUCUGUAAGAUUCAAUCUUACUGGAGUGUGUUAUUAUCUCUGAAUUUGAUUUUAGUGACAAGUCGCAAUGACCUGAACAGAAAAUGUUUGAAUUUUUAUUUAAUUUGAUUUUUGUUUUCUUUUUUUUUAUAAUUAAUAAGUUUAUUCUUUAUUAUUUUGUUCAUCUAGUGCUUUUUGCUUUUUUUCAGUUAUUAAAUGUUUAUUAUUGUUGUGGUCAUUCUCAUGAAUACUCAGGACUUAGCUCAACUUGUAAGAGCCUUACUUUUACACUCAGUAUUGUCUCCGAGACUCAAUUGGACGUAUUUCUGUCAAACGGAACUAUGUGCAUUAAGACAUGAACCCUGAGACCCAUACGAAUAAAUGACUAACAGGGCUCACGUCAUAAGGCACAUAGUUCCGUUCGGCAGAAAUACGUUCAGUUUAAGAUCCACAAAUUUCAAGAAGAGAAAAAUAAAAACAGCCACAAAUAACAGAUUUUGAACUAUAUGGAGAAAGUAAAAUGAGGAGAAGAAAAAUGUAUAUUUAUCUUGUUAAAGGCCUUAAUUUAUUAAUUUAUUAUCAUUCUUCUUUGAAAGCUGCUGGUAGCGAUUUGCAUCAUAGUUUUUUUUUACUUAGAUAUGAUAUUCGAUCCACAAAAGUAUGGAGUAUCUGAAGAAAUCAGCAACACUCUUUUCGACUGAAAUUUUACGUCCAUUCAUUUUUACUUAUUUAUUACUUAAAAAUGAUAAAAAACUUGUUGUUUUUCCAAAAUUUUAAAAUAAACUAAUCAUCGUAGCCCGUUUAAUCAGUAAGUUGGUAAUGGCCCAGUUGCCAACAGAAUCUUAGUGAAAGUAUCACGGUUUUCCCUGUGAAACCUAUUUUCAUUUCUUCCUAAAGUAACAAUGUGGAGAUUUAUGUCCCCUUAUUCAUCAGAGAAACCAGUGAAACUAAGAAAAAUUACGUUUUACGAAAUUUUCCCUUCGAGAUAUGAAGAUGAAUCAUUUUUCUGAAAGCUUUAGCAGACCACUGCUCUACUCUGAAUCCUUUGGAAUUCAUGGUUCUGUUUGGGCUCCGAAUUGCUCCAUUGAGAAUGAGCAAAAUUGUGCCAUGUUUGUUUGUUUUUCUGUAGGAUUUGCCCUUUCCCCUCCCCAUUUCAUAAGGUCUAUAGCAAAAUUAUGUACUUUUCUUGCAGUAUGUAGAAAUUAAGAGGCAAAUUGUAGCUGACAGGUGAAAUUUGUGAUUUUUCCAAUGAGCUCCACACAAGUUCAAACAAGUCUUCUUCUGCAGAACAUUGUUAAGUUUGUAUCAAACUUAAGAGAUUCACCCAUUCUUUGUUUUGUACUUUGCAAUUUAUAUUCAUAAUUUCAGUUUUCACUUGCCUAUUUAAAAGCUGAUGCUAGUGGGUCAGUGGCCCCCUUUUUUUUAAAAAUUUAUUCUCUGAAAGUACGAAGUGCUGUUAAGCUUCUAGAAAUUUGUUCAGAUUUUUGUAACCCUUAAUGGCAAAAGAAAUCAUGUUUUGAACAUGUCAAAAUGUGACCAGUUUGAAACGAUAUUUCUUGCAGGCUCCAAUGAUGUAGCCAGACAAGUAGAACGGUAUUUGCUUAUCGGCUCAUCUCAGCAUCAGACAUGGUCUUGCUCAGUUAACUUCGAUUUUGAUCAGCUUCUUCUCUUCUUAUAUAUGAUUGGUUCUACUUUUUAACGAACAUUUUGACUUUCUCAUAAAAUCAUUCAGAGGAGAAACUGUAGCACAACCCUGCAAAAUUCCUCGCCACUGCCCCAUUUUCCUAAUUAUUGAUUUUAAGCUAAUUAAAGUUAAUGAGUUUAAUGUUUGGAUAAAACUUACUUUUUAAUCUUCGGUCCUGAUGCUUUUAUAAAAUUAUGACGAUGAUCAUUAAAAGCGAUCGCAAAAAACGCGUACUUGCUGGAAACUAAAAUUGAUAAAAAUAACGUGAUAUCGCUUUUUAUUCUACUAAAGUGCGGUGUAAUGUUAUGUUAAUUUUUAUCAAUUGUAAUUCUCGACAAGCACGCGUUUUUCGCGAUUGCUUUUGACCUGUGUAGUGGUCCGAAACGAUCAUUGUCAUAAUUUUAUAAAAACAUCAGGGCCAAAGAUUAAAAAGGAAGAUUCAUCCAGAUUCAUCCAAACAUUGACAAUCCCCUGAUAAAGUAACACUAUGAAUUCUUUUUUUUUUCCAAUGAGUUUAAACUUGGCAAGCUCCAGCAAUUUGUCUCUAUACUCAAUAUCCUACCUAUAAGACUUAAAAUCUAUUUGUAAGACUGAUGAAUAUGUACAAUUGAUUAUGUUAAUGUUUAAAAUACUAAUUUAUGUUAUUGUAGUUUUUAUUGUAUAUUAGGUUGACAUGUUUCCUAUCACAGAGUUGAAAAGGUGACCCCUUUAUGAAAUAUUUUUUUUACUAAGACUGAAAAUCUACCUCACAACUUGACUAGACUAAUUAUUGUAGUUUGAAUUUUCCAUAUUGUACAAAUAACCCUUAAUGACUGAAAUUAGUACCUAACCGAUCAAUACCUCAAGACUAUUUUACGGGUAAAUUUGUUACAUUCUUGAUUUAAGUCAAUACUACCUACCAGGUGAUUCUGACCAAGAGGCCGUUGUAUUCUCUUAAAAAAAAAAAAACAGGAAGGAUGAAAACUGCAUUCAAACCUU